UGUAAAUGAUGUGAUCGCUUUAAGCUAAAACAAGAAAAACAUCUUCGCUUCUUGCGAAACUCCAACUCUAUAACAAAAAAAAAAAAAAAGAUGGGGGCGCAACAGUCUACUCAAGUGGGAGACGAUGAAGAAGAGGAGCAAACAGAUGGUGAAGAAGAAGAGGAAGACGACAACAGCAGAUCGAAUCCAAGAGAGCUAGACAACCUCCUAGUGAAGAGAGUCCUCGAGCAAGAGCCCGAGAUGCUACCUUGCCACGCUUCAGCCUCGCCGCUCUCUCCACAGCUAUCAUCUCUCGGAACUCCACGAAUCGGCCCUUCCAUCAAAGUCUGGGAUCCUUACAACGUCCUCGCUCCUCCUAUCUUCUCCCGACUCGCCUCCGGAGACGAAGAUCGUGCUGUUACCGAGGUUUAUCUCAUCAGCCACGGUGAGUGCGAUCUCAAUCUUAGGCCUGAUCUCGUCGGAGGGAGAUGCCACGUCGCUGCCCUCACCGCUAAUGGUGAACGCCAAGCUAGGGCUCUUGCUGUGUUCUUUAAAUCACAGGGUGUUCGGUUUACUUCGGUUUACUCCUCGCCUUUGGAUCGAGCUAGAUCCAUGGCCGUUUCGGUUUGCCAGGAAAUGAGUUUUCCAGAGGAGCAUGUACAAUCCUCAGAGGCACUUAUAGAGAUGAGUCUAGGAGAUUGGGAAGGUUGCAAUCAAUCAGAGAUAUACAAUCCUGAAACUCUGAGCUUGAUCGAAAGAUGUCAGCCUGAUUUCACAGCUCCUUCCGGAGAAUCACUUAGACAAGUAGAGUUCCGAAUGGUUCAGUUUCUAAACGGUACAGUCUCAGGACUUGCAGAGAAGCUCAGGUCAGAUCACAGUGAAACACAUGAGCGUUAUGGUUCGUCGACCAACUGGGACUUGCUUCACAAGCAUCGUCCAAGUCUUACAAGGAAGAAAUCUGGCAAAAGCAGGCUUCAGGUGAUGACCAAUCACGAGCUUGAGGAUGGAGUAUCCCCAAGGGAAGAUGUUAAUCAUAACCACAUUGACAUGAGUGAUCCUUCUUCUUCUUCCUUGGUAUCGAGUUGCGUUGGGGUUUUCACGCAUUCGUUGCCUAUAAAGUGUCUUCUGACCGGAGUCCUUGGGUGCAGUCCGGUAAUGACUCAUAAGAUGUGUGUGGAGGACUCUUCGGUGACUGUGUUGCAGCAUUCUUGGAGAAAUGGGUGGCAGAUCAAACGAAUGAAUGAUACCGCUCAUCUUAGAUUGUUGUAGUUUGAAAAAAAAAAAUUAUUUACUGGUAAAAAAAGUUUUCAUAUGUAUACAAUGAUGAAUCUGCGGUAAGUUCAAGAACGAAAGUUAUGCA